UUAGUUCAGCCUGCUUGUCACAGCGGUUACUGGAAAUGAAACACGGGAGGCGGUAGAAUAGCAAACAUGUUAAAAACAUGUCAUAUAGCUGCGAUUCAUCCGGAAUCCACAUUUUCAUCAGAUUUAUAUAAUAACGCGAUAUAGGUCAUUUUCAUUAAAGGACUGCGUAAAAGACCGCAGUGUUAAAUGGACGUCGACCGCAUCUGAAUGAACCCAGCAUAAUUUCUAGCCAACGGACUGAAAUAACAUAUCGUUAAUGUGUUCAAGCCUGGUGGUGUGUUCAUUCCGUCUACCAGCCUUGGCGAGCAGCGGUGCUGCUGUAUCGGUGGACGAAAGUGAUCAGAGCGGACUCGAUUCUGUCCUUUACCAAAGCAGUAGAAGUUUAGCGCCGUGUUUUGUAUUUCCCCCCUCAUGUUACUGCAAAGAGUCAUCUCCACAUUUCCCUAAUGAAAAUUAAUCUUUGGAACGGUUCCCGGGACGUGACAGAGAUUAUGUCGAGUAAAAGUGUGGAAUGGCUUCAAGAAGAACUGGAGUCCGGGCUCGGGGUGAGCUCACUACUGCUGCUGGACUGCCGAUCUCACGAGCUUUACGAAUCGUCGCACAUUGAGUCGGCCAUCAACCUGACGAUCCCCGGUUUGAUGCUGCGGAGACUGAAGAAGGGGAAUCUACCGAUCCGGUCCAUCAUCCCCAACAACGAGGAUAAGGAGAAAUUCGUGAAGCGGUGCAAGACAGACAUGGUUCUUCUCUAUGACGAGGCCACUACGGACUGGCAGGAGACCGGGGUGGCGAGCUCCGUUCUCGGCUUGUUGUUGCAAAAGCUCCGAGAUGAAGGUUGUAAGGCUUUCUACCUGGAAGGUGGCUUCAACAGGUUCCAGACCGAGUACCCAGAGCACUGUGAGACCAACCUGGACUGUUCCUGCCCCAGCAGCUCCCCGCCGGCCUCCGUCCUCGGUCUGGGCGGGCUGAGGAUCAGCUCUGACUGUUCUGAUGGGGAGUCAUCGGACAGGGAACCGGUCAGCGCCACCGAGUCCGAGGGCAGCCCACUUCCCAACAACCAGCCUGCCUUCCCGGUCCAGAUCUUACCGUACCUCUACCUGGGCUGUGCCAAAGACUCCACCAACCURGACGUCCUGGGGAAGUACAACAUCAAGUACAUCCUCAACGUCACGCCCAACCUGCCCAACAUGUUUGAACAUGACGGAGACUUCAAGUACAAACAGAUCCCCAUCUCCGAUCACUGGAGCCAAAAUCUCUCGCAGUUUUUCCCAGAGGCCAUUUCUUUCAUUGACGAAGCUCGUUCCAAAAAGUGUGGUAUCCUGGUGCACUGCCUGGCAGGGAUCAGUCGCUCGGUAACGGUAACCGUGGCCUACCUGAUGCAGAAGCUCAACCUGUCGCUCAACGACGCGUACGACUUUGUGAAACAGAAGAAGUCCAACAUCUCACCCAACUUUAACUUCAUGGGUCAGCUCUUGGACUUUGAGAGAACAUUGGGGCUCAAUAGCCCGUGUGACAACCGUUCCUCCUCCACCAAUGACCAACUGUUUUUCACCACGCCAACCAAUCAYAACGUGUUCCAGCUCGACACGCUGGGAUCUACAUGAAGGGGUGGUGAUGGGGGCGGGACUUGAGCGGCUAUCUUGGAUGUGAAUGUUUUUUCUCUUCUCUUCAGAGAUUGGCUGGCUGGCUGGCUGGCUUUGACAGCGUAUAGCCUGGGAUGGUAGACUGACGGUGCGUGGACAGGGACAGAUCAGAGGCCAAAUGGAAGUCUGCUUGGCUUGUAGAGCUCUGUUGGUCUCUCAGACGGUAGACAGGAAGAGGAAGAAGCCCUGUCUCCUCUCCUCAGUGGUUUGGGAAGCUUGUCGUCUUGCCUUUGGAACAGCCUGUUUUUUUUUUUGUCUAAGGAAAGAAGAAGUACUAGGAGUAGACUGAGACAUGCUACGCUGUA